AUGGUGAAGUAUAUUGAAGUCUCUCUGCCAAAAAAUACUGUUUUGCUGAAUUUUUCCAGUACCGUGUUCUGGAUUAAUGUUCUGACAUUUGCUUUAGGACAAUUGGUUUGGAGUAUUACACCAUGUGGCUGGAGAGCAUGAAUGGGCAGAUGGUGAGUGUAACCAUGGCCCAUUGGUAGAAACGGAAAAGGAAAAGCCCAUUCUGAACAAAAACUCAAAAGCCCUUGACGCAAUAAGGAAGAUUGUUACCGAUCCCAGGUUUCUGAAGACAUUGGAUCAGUAUGUGACAUUCAGGUAAAUGAUUGUUUCAUUGCUGUGCUCAGGAGCAAUAGUACUAUAUAAUACAAUAGAAACAUGCCUAUUGUACCAGUGCCCCACCCCCAUUGUAUUGUACCCGCGAUGUAUAAGCUAAAACUAUUUAUGUUUUAGGCACACCAGCAAACUGGAAAACUUCAAUUCUAUGUUAUUGAAGUAUGCACCAAAAAGAGUUAGUUUUCAGUGAGUAUGAGCACUUUAUUUUAUGUUUUUUGAAGCAUCUAAAGAAAAAGUUAUUUAACUUAACCCAUUAAGCGCCAGCACUCUCCCCUUGACGAGUAAAAUCGUCUGGCGUUGGACAGAGUACAAUACUAAAGUAGGGUGCAUCGGGGUGCAAUGCGACUAUUUUGUACCCUGAAAUACCCCACUUUAUAAUUUUACUAUGUAUUGAAUAUCAGAUUAUUUACUCUGUCUAAUGCCAAAUGGAGAAAAAGGGAGGGUGCUGGCACUCAAUGGAUUAAAAAAUUUAUCCAUUCCAAGUAAACUUGCCUGGCAAAAUACAAUGGAUGCAUGUACUCAUGUCAUCUUUCAUUCUACUGUAUAUUCUAAUACUCUUAUAUAUUUGCUAUCCUUCAUAGGAAUGAAGCUUAUUUGGCAAGGACCCUAGUGGCUGUGAUCGAUCACAACAACAAUUUGGACAGGAAUCCCUCUCUAAGUUUGAGUGGCAGCCUAAAACACCACAAGGUUUACAGCAAGAGGUCAAAAAAUUGGAGAGUCCAAGUUGUUAAAGAGGAGAAAUCGUAUGACUUUUGGCCCACUCUUGUAUCCAGAAUCAUGAAAAAGAGGGUAGAUGAUGAAAAAACAGUUUUAAGAAAAAAUGAGAUGUCAAGUGAUCACCCCAAAACCAUUGCACCAUCAAUUGCAAUGAAACCUGUACCAAAAACCGGUGAUCUGGUACAAAGAUCACUUUCCAGAUUUUCUACGGUUUCUUCUACUGAAUGCUAUGGAGAUGACAACAUGCUAUGA